AUGUUUUUGACCCCCUCCCACGUUGGGCCCAAGGUGGGAGGCGCCUUUGCCAUGCUCGCGUGGACACUCUCCCUACUGCUGCUGCUCAGCCCAUUGGCCGCAGCGGCCUCUGCAGCGGAUUAUUAUGUGCACUCAUUACCCGGGGCGCCGGAUUCGCCUCUCUUGAAGAUGCAUGCUGGCCAUAUUGAAGUCGACCCGGAGCACAACGGCAACCUUUUCUUCUGGCAUUUCCAGAACCGCCACAUUGCCAACCGGCAGCGAACAGUCAUCUGGUUGAAUGGUGGUCCCGGAUGUAGUUCUAUGGACGGCGCGUUGAUGGAAGUUGGCCCUUAUCGGUUCAAGAACGACCAGAAGCUGGUGUACAACAAGGGAUCCUGGGACGAGUUUGCCAACUUGCUCUUCGUCGACUCUCCGGUCGGCACAGGUUUCAGCUAUGUCAACACGGAUAGCUUUAUCCAAGAAUUGGAUGUCAUGGCCGCUCACUUCGUUGUGUUCUUGGAGAAGUUCUUUGAAAUGUUCCCCGAAUACGAGAAGGAUGAUAUCUAUUUGGCCGGCGAAUCAUACGCAGGCCAGCAUAUCCCAUAUAUCGCCAAAGCCAUCCAAGAGCGAAACAAGGCUAUCAAAGGAAGCGAUGCAACUCACUGGCCGCUUCAGGGUUUGUUGAUCGGCAACGGCUGGGUCUCACCCAAGGACCAGUACCCGGAGUACCUGCCCUUCGCCACUCGGGAAGGUCUCGUCAAGGAAGGAACCUCAGUCUACCAUAACCUCGAAGUCAUGCACAAUCUUUGUAUGACCAGGUUAGAAGCCAAUGGGGCACAGAACAAGAUUAGUAUUCCUUCUUGUGAGAAUAUCGUGAGCAAGAUCGCCGAGGUCGCCGGCGAGACUGGUAAAUGUCUCAACAUUUACGACAUCCGUCUCCAGGACGAGUUCCCCGCGUGUGGCAUGAACUGGCCUCCAGAUCUCAAAUCGCUGUAUUCUUACUUGCGACGUGAGGACGUGACCAAGGCACUGAAUCUCAAUCCGGCGAAGCAAUCUGGCUGGGUUGAAUGCAACAAUGAUGUGAGCAGCCACUUCACUGCCGCCAAUUCAGUCCCCUCCGUCAAGCUGCUGCCCAGUCUUCUUGAAUCCGGGAUCCGGGUGCUGCUGUUCAGCGGCGACCAAGACAUGAUCUGCAACCACCUGGGUACCGAGUCCCUGAUUCACAAUAUGAAGUGGAGCGGCGGGAGCGGCUUUGAGACUGCUCCCGGCGAAUGGGCCGCGCGCCAUGACUGGACCUUUGAGGGCGAGCCCGCCGGUAUCUACCAACACGCCCGCAAUUUGACCUACACGCUCUUCUACAACGCCAGCCACAUGGUGCCCUUCGAUCUGCCCCGUCAGUCUCGCGACAUGCUCGAUCGCUUCAUGCGCGUCGACAUCACCAGCAUCGGUGGCCAGCCGGCGGAUUCCCGUAUCGACGGUGCCAAACUCCCGCUCACCUCCGUCGGCGGCCACCCCAACAGCACUACUGCCCAGAAGCAGGAGAAAGAGAAGCUGAAGCAGACCGAGAUGCAUGCCUACGCCAAAUCUGGCGAGGCCAUCCUGGUCAUUGUCAUCAUCGGCGUGUCGGUCUGGGGCUUCUUCAUCUGGCGCAGUCGCCGUUCCCCCCAAGGCGGCUACCGUGGUGUGUAUCAUGAUGACUUCCAGAGCGGCUCUGUGCUGGACCGUUUCCAGAAUAAACGCUCUCCGGGAGCAGACGUCGAGGCUGGUGACUUUGAUGAGGCCGAGUUGGAUAAUCUACACUCGCCCGGUAUCGAACGUGACCAGUACGCCGUCGGCGACGACUUCAGCGAUGGCGACGACGAUGACCGCCCGCACCAGGCUGUUGGCAGCGAGACCCGUCAUCCCUUAUGA